GUUAUCUCUUAGAUAGCCGAGACAGCUCCAGAAUCUUUCAAGUAAUUUGCAACAUAUAUAUAAAUUUCGAUGAACGCUCUCCAUUAAAUGCCGGAGUUUUAUUUAUUUAUUUUUUUUUUACGGUACGGGAAGAUCUGUUACAUGAAAGGUGGGUAUGAUUCUAACUGCUAAAUUGUUACUAUAUAUGUUAAACAUAUUUACAAUGAAAGCCGUAAGUUUUUAGAUGCCCGAACACAACCUACACACUCAACGAGAAGUAUGCCCCGAUAUAAAGCUGUCAUUAGUUUAUUAAGCUAAUAAAAAGUUUACGAGCCAGAAAAAAACACACUUAAGAGACUCUAAGAUGCAUUAUCAUCUGGUAAAAAGCUUAAUAGUCUUGACUUAGAUUAAAGUAAGGGAAAUGCGUCAUGGAUGCAGCUAAAGUAAACAAAAUCGUUGCCAGAACGCCUCGGGUUUCUGUUUUCAUUGGAGCUUCCACCCAUGUCUAAAAUAUUUCGAGCAUUUAUAGGAGGAUAAACACACAAGAAAUGUGAACAAGGGUCAAUGAAACGUAGACGAAAGACAGAGAGAGCCAUCAUAUAACCUACUGGAACAAACAACAGCAGUUACUUCAGAAAACAGUCUCCCUGUAGUAACGCGUUACAGAGUUACCUUCAAUCUCAAGUUUUUUUUCUCUGUACAUUUGAUGCUGCAGCAUUACAAGUGGAACGAGGAUCUCGAAAUUUGUGAGCUGUUGAAGGGUAUUUCGCGUGAGGCAAUAAUUAAGUGUUUCACAACUGUCAUCGGCAAUUAGGAUACAGAUGCGAUUACUGCAGUUAAUCCAGUCCGGAAGAACCCUUAAUGGCUUGCUUCCUGUUUCGGUCGCGGUCUUUUGUAUUCGUUGUCUGAACUGGGCAGGCAAAAUUGGAGAGAAGUUUUAGAAUCGUACACGUUGAUAACGUUCAGCAACAUUGACUGGAUUUAUUGGCAGGAAUUCAAAGCUACUCCUACACGACCUGCUUAUAACAGACUGCGGGAAAAACCUGAACAUGCGUAGGAGAAAAACAAGCCAUCAGCCGAACUUCAAAGCUGCACGCGCGGUUGUUCUAGGACAGGAUGGGGUCGGCAAAUCAGCGCUUAUCGUUCGUUUUCUUACACGAAGGUUUAUCACAGAGUACGACCAAACACUUGAAUCUACGUGGAGACAUCAUAUGGAAGUCGACAGCGAGUACAUCUACGUUGAUUUAAUAGAUACUGCCGGGGAGAAUUCAGAAGAGAAGCUAGACAGUUGCUUGGCUCGCGGGGACAUCUUUCUCGUCCUAUACUCAAUCACUGACCGCUUAAGUUUCGACGAAGCUACCCGCAUUGGGAAAUAUAUCCGUGAGCGGAAAACUAACGGAAACUCAGUGAUGAUAAUUCUCAUUGGGACAAAGAAAGACUUGGAACACUUUCGAGAAGUUGAUGAAACGGAGGGCAGUGACUUAUCGCAAGAACUAGAAUGCCCUUUUUAUGAAAUUUCCGUUUCUUCAAGCGAUGGCUACAAAGAAGUCUCAGACAUGUUGUACGGUUCUAUAAAGCAGUAUUUAAGAAAUGACAAGAACAGUACUAGCAACAAGAGAAAUCCACCGUCCUCUCUGACGAAGAUGAAGGAAGAAUUGAUCAAACGAACGGGUUCUUUUCGUAGGAAAUCAGUGUCAUUUUAAAUUAUUACAGGAUUUGAAGUAAAAAGAACAUCGAGACCGGCACCGCUAUGAGGAAGGAAAUGCAAUGGUUUUCUUAAGUAGAAAUGUAAACUCGACCAAUGAGAUCGGUGUUUCACUGCAUGUGGUCACUUUCCGUGGACGUUCUGCAACAAAAGAUCGCUCGACGCAGUGCAGUUUACCAAAACCGUAUUCCAUUGCUACCAGUGAAGCCUUGCUUUCUUCCUCCUGUUAUAGAGAUGUAGGAAACACAAGUUUGCGCCACUAACGCGACUCGUCAUUUGUGACUGAGCAAUGGCAUAACGCAAGUUGAAUAUGCCAAGUUUGCCCUGGCAUUACCUUAUCUUUAAAUUUAUGCACGAUAAAAACUUGAAGAAAAUUAAGAAGAAGAAACAUAAUAGAGUAGGAUAAACUGUUAAUUAAACAACGUAACAAUGGUGGCCUCUGAUAUCCAAAGGUAGUUUCCCAAUUGUCCUAUUCAUCCAACUGCCGUUCGAAGAAUACUUAACGUCACCACAAAUUUACUUACUUACUUUAAAUCGUCUUCGUAUUUUGAACGAGUUCUUAGUUCCUCGGCGAUCGAAACAUGUUAAAAUAAAUGAUUGAUUGAUUGAUUGAUUGAUUGAUUGAUUGAUUGA